GUAAGAAAAUAUAUGUGUUUUUUAGUAUUCUCUUAGUGUUCCUCAUCCACAUAUUCUAAAUUCAGGUCUGGGUUCAUCGAAAAAGUUGUUAAGAUGCCUAUCCUGUGCAGUAACUGCACUGACAAGCGUGCAGUGCUGAAACGUCCAAAAACGGCCCACUCGCUGUGCAAGGAGUGCUUCUUCUGGGCCUUUGAGGAGGAGGUGCAUCAGACCAUCAUGGCAGCAAAGCUGUUCAAACCGGGGGAAAUAGUGGGAAUUGCCGCCUCAGGUGGAAAGGACUCCACGGUGCUCGCACAUGUAAUAAAGCUCCUAAAUGAGCGAUACAACUAUGGCCUUGAACUUAUGCUUCUCUCGGUGGAUGAGGGAAUCUCUGGUUACCGAGACGACUCCUUGGAGACAGUAAAGAGGAAUCAGCAACAGUACGAGCUGCCAUUGAAGAUUGUGUCGUAUGAGGAGCUGUACGGCUGGACUAUGGAUGCUAUAGUGAAGCAGGUGGGACUGAAAAAUAACUGCACCUUCUGCGGAGUGUUCAGAAGGCAGGCUCUAGACAGAGGAGCCAUCAUGUUGAAAGUGGACAAGAUAUGUACAGGUCACAAUGCUGAUGACGUGGCAGAGACAGUUUUGAUGAACGUCUUGCGAGGGGACAUAGCUCGUCUGCGCCGAUGCACUGCCAUCUCCACAGCCAGUGAAGGUGAAGGGGUCGUGCCGCGCUGCAAGCCCCUCAAAUAUGCGUACGAGAAAGAGAUUGUUCUGUAUGCAUACUUUAAGAAGCUGGACUACUUUUCCACUGAAUGUAUCUACUCUCCAAAUGCCUAUCGUGGCCAUGCAAGGACCUUUUUAAAGGACCUGGAGAGCGUUAGGCCGAGCUCUAUAAUGGAUGUCGUUCACUCAGGGGAGAACCUGUGUGCGGGAGGGGUGAAGAUGCCUGUGCAGGGGACCUGCAAACAAUGUGGCUACAUCUCCAGUCAGGCUCUGUGCAAGUCAUGUGUGCUGCUGGAGGGGCUGAACCGAGGUCUGCCGAAGCUGGGCAUUGGCAAACACCACCGCCUGCAUGACAAAAUCCUCUCCAAGCAGCCCCUUACUGAGAAGGAGGAAAGAAAGCUGAAAUCAGUAGACUUUUGACCAUUAUGAUCCCAUGUUUUAUUUACCACAAGACAACCAUAUUUUUAAAUAUAGCAUGUGUAUUCUUUUACUUAAGAAAAGACUAUUCUAAUGAGUCAACUGUUAUUUGAUUUCAUUUAUCAUCAAUUAAAUAUGUAUUGAAAGUUGCCAUGGAAUAUUUUAAAAAUUAAAAACUCAUAUCAGUGAAGCCUCUUCACAUCAUAGAAAGUCCAUUCACUGGCGUCUUACAGCUGAUAACCAGGGAUCACCGAGAUGCUAUGUAGACAUACUUUCCAAUGGUUUUCAGAAUGUUGUGUUAAGCUUAAGGACAUUUUCAAUAAUAGAUGAAUGGUAUAUUACACACAUGACAGGAGAAGGUGGAACUUUUUCAAUUUCUAUGAAAGCUUUGGUACCGAGUUCCAUGUUGAGCGAUUCAGAUCACUUUUACAAGUAUUAACAUUAGCGAUCAGCAUCAUCUGGAUUCCAAAUACUGUUUAUUUCACACAUGUUUAAAAGACAUGUAAGUAGUGUACACCUACUAGGUGUGUGAAGUGCAGAAACCAGGACUAGCAGCUUUGUUUUUAUUUAUUUUUUAAGGUUGUAAAUGUUUCCACAGCAAUGGAAUUUCACUGGAGGCAUGUUUCAUUUUUUUUUCAUUUUAUGUUAUUUCUUCUUCAUGUUCCAAUGCACCAAUCUCUUAGGAGGAUAUGAUGACAAGGUGCCAUAAUUUAAUAAAUACAUUAU